AUGAGAAGAGGAAACAUUUCUCCAGCCUUCUGGUUCCUGUGGCUGCUUCUCUUUGGACUUCUGGGACCCAGCUCUGAGAAUACCACAGACUUCACAAAAGGCUCUGACACCACCACAGCCUCCAUCACAGGCUCUGAGACCAGCACGGCCUCCACCAUGGCCUCUACUAUCACCUUAACUGCAGGCUCUAAGAUCACCACAGACUCUACCACAGGCUCUGAGACCAACACGGCCUCCACCACAGACUCAGGGACUACUAGAGCCUCCACUAGGACCUUCACCACAGGCUCUGAUACAACCACAGCCUCCACUGCAGGCUCUGAAACUAUCGUGGCCUCCACCGCAAUCUCUGAGACCACAACAUCCUCUACUAUAGCCUCCACUACAGUCCCUGAGACUACCAUGGCCUCCAGCACAGCCUCCACUGCUGGCUCUGAGACAACGAUGGCCUCCACCAUAACUUCUGAAACCACCAUGGCCUCCACCACAAGUUCUGAGACCGCCACCUUCUCUACCACAGGCUCUGAGACCACCACCACUUCCAUUGCAGGCUCUGGGGCCACUAAAGUCUCUACCACAGGCUCUGAAAUCACCACAGCAUCUACUGCAGGUUCUGAGACCACCUCCUCCACCUCCACGGCAGGCUCUGAGGCCACCACAACCUCAACUGCAUACUCCAAGGUGAUCACGGCAUCCAGCAUGAGCUCUGAGACCACUAUGGCCUCCACUGUAGGCUCUAACACCACCACAGCCUCUACCACAGGCUCUGAGACCACUACAGUCCCUAUUAAAGCCUCUGAGACCACUACCGCCUCUACAGCAGGUUCUGAGACCACCACCUCCACCCCCACAGGCUCUCAGACCACCACAGUCUCUAUUUCAGGUUCUGAGAUCACCACCACCUCCACAGCAGGAUCUGAGACUACCACAGUCUCUAGUGCAGGCUCUGAGACAACCACCAUCUUCACUGCAGGCUCUGAGACCACUACAGUCUCUACCACAGGCACUGAGACCACCAUGGUCUCCACCAUGGGCUCAGAGAUCACCACAAACUCUACUGCAAGCUCUGAGACCACCACAGUCUCCACCGUGGGCUCUGAGACCACCACAACUUCUACUGCAGGCUCUGAGACCACCACAGUCUCCACCAUGGGCUCUGAGACCACCAUAACCUCUACUUCAGGCUCUGAGACCACCACAGUCUCAACUUCAGGCUCUGGAACCACCAUGGCUUCUACCACAGGCUCUGAGACCACCACAGCCGCUACUGCAGAUUCUGAGACCACUGCAGCCUCUACUACAGGCUCUGAGACCACCAUGGCAUCCAUCAUGAGCUCUGAGACCACUACAGCCUCUACCACAGGCUCUGAGACCACCAAGAUCUCCAAUGCAAGCUCUGAAAUGACCACCGUCUUCACUGCAGGCUCAGAGACCAUCACAGCCUCUACCAUGGGCUCUGAGACAACCAUGGCAUCCACUAUAAACUUUGAGACCACUGUAGUCUCUACCAUAGGCUCUGAGACCACCACAGCCUCUACUGCAGACUCUGAGACCACAACAGCCUCUACUGCACAUUCUGAGACCACUGCAGCCUCCACCAUGGGCUCUGAGACCACCACAGUCUCAGCUGCAGGCUCUGAGACCACAGUCUCCAUUGCAGGCUCUGAGACCACUGCAGCCUCUACUGCAGGCUCUGAGACCACUGCAGCCUCUACUAAAGAUUCUGAAACCAACAUAGCAUCUACUGAAGAUUCUGAGAGUACCUCAGCCUCUACUACAGGGUUUGAGACAACCACAGCCUCUACUACAGGGUUUGAGACAACCACAGCCUCUACUACAGGCUCUGAGACCACUAUGACAUCCACCAUGGGCUCUGAGACCACUAUGGCCUCUACCAUAGGCCCUGAGACCACCAAAGUUUCCACUGCAAGCUCUGAGAUGACCACAGUCUCUGCUGAAGGCUCUCAGGCCACCACAGCCUCUACCACAGGCUCUGGGACCACCACAUACUUUAAUACCAGCCCUGAGACCACCACAGCCUCCACCAUGGGCUCUGAGACCACCACAGAUUCUACCACAGGCUCUGAGACCACCACAGCCUCUACUGAAGGCUCUGAGACCACUACAGUCUCUGCCACAGGCUCUGAGACCACCACAGUCUCUACUGCAGGCUCUGAGACCACUACAGUCUCUGCCACAGGCUUUGAGACCACCACAGUCUCUACCACAGGCUCUGAGACCACUACAGUUUCAACCACAGGCUUGGAGACCACCAUCACUACCACUGAAGGCUCUGAGAUGACUAUAGUCUCCACCGCAGGUGCUGAGACCACCACAGCCUCUACUGAAGGUUCUGGGACCACUGCAGCCUCCACUGCAGGCUCUGAGACCACCACAGUCUCUACUGCAGAUUCUGAGAACACCACGGCAUCGACUGCAGAUUUUGAGAGCACCAUGGCCUCUACUGCAAGCUCUGAAACCACCACAGCCUCUACUGAAGGCUCUGAGACCACUACAGUCUCCACCACAGGCUUGGAGACCACCAUGGUCUCUACCACAGGCUCUGAGACUACCAUCACCUCUACUGAAGGCUCUGAGACUACUACAGUAUCUGCCACAGGCUCUGAGACCACCACAGUCUCUACUGAAGGCUCUGAGACCACUACACUCUCCACCACAGGCUCUGAGACCACUAAAGUUUCUAUCACUGGCUCAGAGACCACUACCACUUCUACUGAAAGCUCUGAGAUGACUACAGUCUCCAUCACAGGCUCUGAGAUAACUACAGUCUCCAUCACAGGCUCCGAGACCACCACAGCCUCUACUGAAGGCUCCAAGACCACCUCAACCUCUACUACAGGCUCUGAGACCACCACAUCCUCUACUACAAGCUCUGAGACCACUAUGGCAUCCACCAUGGGCUCUGAGACCAUUAUGGCCUCUACCAUAGGCUCUGAGACCACCAAGGUCUCCACCGCAAGCUCUAAAAUGACCACAGUCUUCACCGAAAACUCUAAGACCACCAUAGCCUCUACCACAGGCUCUGAGACCACUACAGUCUCCACUCCAGGCUUUGAGACCAUCCCAGCCUCUACAGCAGGCUCUGAGACCACCAUCACCUCUACUGAAGGCUCUGAUGCCACUACAGUCUCUACCGCAGGCUCUGAGACCACCACAGCCUCUACGGAAGGCUCUGAGACCACUACAGUCACUACCACAGGCUCUGAGACCCCAACAAUCUAUAACACAGGCUCUGAGACCACCACAGUCUCUACUGCAGGCUCUGAGACAACCGCCACCUCUACUGAAGGCUCUGAGACCACCACAGCCUCUACUGAAGGCUCUGAGAACACUACAGUCACUACCACAGGCUCUGAGACUCCAACAAUCUAUAACACAGGCUCUGAGACCACCACAGCCUCUACUGCAGGCUCUGAGACAACCGCCACCUCUACUGAAGGCUCUGAGACCACUACAGUUUCUACCACAGGCUCUGAGACCACCACGACCUCUACCACAGGCUCUGUGAUGACUACAAUAUCUACCACAGUCUCUGAGACCACCAUGGUCUCUACCAUAGGCUCUGAGACCACCACAUCUUCUACUGCAGGCUCUGAUGCCACCACCACCUCUACUGAAGGCUCUGAGACCACCAUGGCCUCCACAGCAGGCUCUGAGAUCAGCACAGCCUGUACCACAGGUUCUGAGACCUCCACAUCCUCCAGUGCAGGCUCUGAGACCAACACUGCCUUCAUCAUAGGCUCUGAGACCACCAUAGCUUCCACUGCAAGCUUUGAGCCCACUGCAACUUCCCUCACAGGCUCUGAGACCACCACAGUCUCUAUCACAGCUUCUGGGGCCACUGCAGCCUCCAUCACUGUCUCUGCCACCACUUUUGUAUCCACCAAGGCCACUGACGUUUCUAUUCAGCCAAUCACCAACACAGCUAUGUCAGGCACCAAGACCACUGGAACCAGACCCACCGCCUCCAGCUCUGUCACCAUGACCUCUGGAAUGGACUCCACGGCCUCUGCUGCCAGCCAUAUUGUGCCAGGAACAGUCCCAAACACCUCUGGCCUGGAUACAUCUACUAGGGGAGCAUCAUCUACCACUUCAGCCCCUGGCGUCAGGACCACCACAGGAUCCACCCAUGAGCCAACUAGCAGCACCUCCCAGGAAACAGGCCCAGUGUCCAUGGGCACAAACACAGUUAGCAUGAGCCACACGCCCACAAAUGUGAUCAAACCAAGUGGAUAUUUACAGCCCUGGGCUAUCAUCCUCAUUUCCCUGGCUGCAGUUGUGGCUGGUGUUGGAUUGGCAGUAGGACUGAGUUUUUGUCUGAGAGACCUUUUCUUUCCCCUGAGGAAUUGUGUUUAUUACCCCCAUGGCCACAGCCAUGGCCUUGGUCUGGACCUGGACUUGGGCCUGGGCUCUGGGACAUUCCACAGCCUGGGAAAUGCACUGGUUCAUGGAGGAGAACUUGAAAAGGGACACGGAGGAACAUGUGGCUUUGGACAUGGAGUGGCCCAUGGACUAAGCCACAUCCAUGGAGAUGGCUACGGAGUGAAUCAUGGCGGGCAUCAUGGACAUGGAGGAGGCCACUGAGGAGAUCAUGGAGUGGAUCACAGAGGAAGCCACCAAGGAGGCCAUGGCAGGACAAGAUGGCUGUGGCCAUAGAUUGGGUAUCAAAACAUAUUAUGGGUGGGAGGGGG